AUGCUUUGCAACUCACUGCAGACCUUUCCUGAGGAUGUGUAUGUCGAGGAGGAAGACAUCAUGCUGACAGAGAGCCAGAUGGAAGGUCUCCAGUUUGCUAAUUAUAUCCUGUACAGGAAGGGCAGCUCAAAUCUGGCUAGUUACUGGCCUGACAGUGGAGGCUUCCCUUAUAUUCCCUUCGCCUACUUAGAUGGGUUUGUGGAUCGCUCUACAGUGUGGAAAGCUAUUCAGGUGUGGGAGAGCGCCACCUGCAUAGACUUCGAAGAGGUCCCUUCAACCUACAGUGGUCCUCAUCUGCAGUUCCAGAUACACGACGACAGCUGUAGCUCCUUCGUGGGCAUGACCAGUUCCUCCGGGCAGCCCAUUUAUGUUACUAAAGUGUGCCAGAGAAAUAUGGGAUCUUUGCUAGUCGAAGUAGGCCACGCCAUUGGACUUUGGCACGAGGAGACCAGGUCAGACAGGGAUACCUACGUCCACAUCAACGCGGACAACGUCCUCCCAGAGAAGGAGCACAAUUUCUUCAAGGAAGCUGACAACAGCUACGGAGUGCCUUACGACUAUAGCUCCAUCAUGCAUAGCCAUGAAAGGGUCUACCAGCUGACAGGAGACAUCACCAUAGCCACCCUGAACCCGCUCUACCAGGGCCUCCUGGGACAGACAGAUGAUCUGUCCCAUAUGGACAAACUGCUCGUCAACAAGAUGUACGGCUGUUCAGCAAAGCUGAUAGCCGCUGGGACCUGUACCAGUGACCCGUGCCUGAAUGACGGUUACCUCGCCAAGGACUGUUCGUGCGUGUGUCCAGAUGGGACGUCUGGUACGAACUGUGAGACCAUUGAUACUCCUUACAACGAGGCCAUCCUCUCGCCCUACACAGAGGAAAUCACCUCGCCCACGACCAUCACCACGCCCAAUUAUCCUUCCAGGUAUCCGGCUGGUCUGAAGUUCACCAAAUGGAUCAGAGCCCCGGAAUGCCACAACGUGGUGGCGACCUUUGCAGCCUUCGACGUCUACAUGAGGACACCCCACUACAUCAGGGAGACGGAGACUGUCGACAUGUGCUGGUACGACGGCCUGGAAAUCAGGACGGACAACAUGCUCGACGGAACUUGGUUCUGUGGAACCGAAAUCUCGAGCGGAGAGACUUUCACCUCCGUCGGGAACGAGAUGGUCCUCUAUUUCAAGUCGGCCUCGAGGUUCAAGACCGGAUGGUCAGCUGACAUAACCUUCGUCGAGACUCCUGCAUCCACAACUACUACUUCUUCAACAUCAACAACACCAACAACCACUUCCACAUCAACAACCUCAACUGCCACCUCAUCUACAACAUCAUCUACCUCCACGACUCCUGCAUCCACAACUACUACUUCAUCUACACUGCCAACAACAACAACUUCCACAACACCAGAUACUACAACCACUUCAACUACAAAAACCUCUACAACUUCCACCACAACAUCAACACCUGUAAGGACAACAACUAAGGCAAUCACGACCACAACACCAUUGCCUACUUGCAACUCAUUUGUCAGCGGUAGCUACAACUAUCUACAGUCUCCAAGAUAUCCUUCCUCGUACCCAAAUAAUGCUCAGUGCACUGAGGGAGCUUUUACGAGCUCUCUUGCCGACAUUGUUCUCUACAUCGUCAGAUUCAGACUUGGGUCGGGAGACUCUGUUACGAUCUACAACCAAUAUACACCUCCGUUAACAUGGCUAUACUACGAGAGAGACAAGGUUAGCGAUCAACUACGCAAGUCCAAGCCAACAACAACUUCCACAACACCAGAUACUACAACCACUUCAACUACAAAAACCUCUACAACUUCCACCACAACAUCAACACCUGUAAGGACAACAACUAAGGCAAUCACGACCACAACACCAUUGCCUACUUGCAACUCAUUUGUCAGCGGUAGCUACAACUAUCUACAGUCUCCAAGAUAUCCUUCCUCGUACCCAAAUAAUGCUCAGUGCACUGAGGGAGCUUUUACGAGCUCUCUUGCCGACACUGUUCUCUACAUCGUCAGAUUCAGACUUGGGUCGGGAGACUCUGUUACGAUCUACAACCAAUAUACACCUCCGUUAACUGGAACUGUAUUUGUUUCGCAGACCCAGACGGGAUACCGGCUGAGAGUGAGGUUUGACAAGAUGAAGCUUCCCUGCAGAUCGAACUACCUCGCCUUCAACAGAGACCCUUACGGCACCACUCACUUUUACGACUCCAGUUACAGCAAGAAGCACUGCGGCUACUCAGCGCCCUCCGCCUUCAACUCCAUCUCCAACAAGAUGAACGUCUAUUUCAGUGGAGCAAUCAAAAGUUAUGGAUACAAAAUCCGCAUCAUCAGGAUUCGGUAG